AAGAAGGUUCGACGUCGUAGCAAUUUUACCAGCUGUCAGCCAUCGAUUGUGUGUAAAAACUUUCGUUGCUGCAUCAACGAGUAGCUAAUUGUUUUUUCGAAUAUUAUACGAAACAGUAUUUUUGAGGACAUGAGACGUUUACCUGACCAAACGGAAGCAAAUUCUGAAGACAGUGACGAAAAUAUGGCUCAAAUAAACAGUGGUAUGAGUAACAAUUCGUCCGUACCGCCUGUCGUUAUGGCUCUAACCGUUGCUUUACCUGAAAUUGAAGAAAGUUUGCCCGGUCAUUCGGGAGCAUCAAACAUGAAUCCAAAUUCAACAGCUCGAGCAAUGAUGCAUGGUGUAGAGUUGCCCCCGCCAAAACCAGAUUUUUCAGCUCCUCCGCCGUAUGAGGUAGCAACAAAAUUGCCGAGUUACGAAGAGGUACAGCGUGAAAAGACUCUGCAAGGGGAACCAAUGCCGCAACCGCAGAUUCAUUUGCCAACAGGAGGGAUCAGGGGUCAGCAACCGCUGACUAUUUUAGCGAUUGAUACAGAGGCUACAGACGGAGAUCCUGAGAGUGCAUUGCUCGGCACUGAUUUCAUAUUCUUUACUGCUUUUUUGCUUGCGUUCUUUUUCAACUGGAUUGGAUUUUUGUUACUGAUGUGUUUCUGUCACACGAUCGCUUCGAGAUACGGCGCCCUUGCUGGUUUCGGACUUUCCCUCACGAAAUGGACUCUCAUAGUGAAACAUUCCACAGAUUUGGCUUCUCGUGAAAACUCUUGGCUGUGGUGGUUGAUUAUGGCAUUUGGUGUUCUCAUUUGCAUACGUGCGAUAAUUCAAUACUUGAACAUCAAACGCGGCUGGAAACUUUUGUCCGGCAGUGCUCAAGAGCGUUUGCUGUUUUUUUACUGAGAUUCUGACGGAAAAUUUCAUCGAGGUAACAAAAAACAACACAAAAGGAAAAACAAUUCAAUUUUGCUCUAGAGCGUCUGAUAUUUCAAUCGGGUGGGAGUCUGUAAUUUGCACGAUAUACUACGCAAAAACCACCCCUAAAAAAACAAACAUUAUUCUACAUUAGGUCGUACUAUAGUGAGUCGUGGAAGUAACGAAGCAACAAAUCGAGAAGGGGAAAAAACACGUAUUUGACAGAGAAGUAUAAAAAGAUAUUGCAACUUAAGGAGGUCGGUUACUUACCCAAAGUUGUUGAAAUAUUGUCAAAUUUUUGUAGAAUUAACCAAUGAUCUGGGAAAUCAGGCAUUUCUUUCGAUUUAUUUUUUUCGCUCUUUUUGAAUAAAAUUUAAUUAUUAAAAAUACUGAGACUCACCAAUUCUGCUCAUGGUUGGGCCUUCGAAGACUUUUUUUGUGUAUUAAAUCACCGUUGAGUUCGUUCUAUCAUAUAAAUUCUUGAUGUCAAACAGAUCAGAGAUAAAAAAUUUACAUAAUUUCCUUUGUUUCGAUGAUGAUUAGCUGUCAAAUGUAUAUUAUCAAUCAGAAAUCUCUUUUGCAAGAAAAAAAAAUUCCACUAAUCAAUCGCAAGAUUGUUUGAACACAGCUGAGUUUUUUUAUUAUAGUGGUUUGAUCCAUUUUACGAUAAAUCUUUUUUGAACACCUGGCUGAAAUUUUCACUUUUCAAUCCAAAAUAUCUUUCAUAUCACAAUUAAUGGAGGAUAAAGGAUAAUUUUUUUGAGAACGUGAAAUAUUCUUGAACUGGAAUUUCAGACGUGGUUUGAAACAAUUCCCGAAACUUUGCAAUACGAUUUUGACGUUCAUUGAAAUUUUUUAUUCCCUUCAAUUUCUACAAAUUCAUAUAUUCCACGUCACGCGAAGAAAGAUUUCGUUACUCGAAGGCAAAACGAACAAAAAUGUUGAAAAAUAAUGUCAGAAAUCCCAAUGCUUUCGCUGAAGAUCAAUGAAAAAUUGACAAAACUUUGACUAUUUUAGUUGAAGUAAACAGCUCGCUUAAGAACAAAGUUGAUGGGUGAUUUUGCUGGAAUAAUUUACUUAUCGACCACGAGAAUAUGAUACAUCGAGGGGCAAUCGCGAUAUUCGAGAGAAGAGGGCUCCCUUAAAAAAGCACAUUUAGCACUGUCUCCACUGAGUGUGAUUAUAAAUUAUUGAACACAUUGGCCCGCUUGAAUCGAUGUCAGGCAGCGAUCACGCUUGCCGUUUGUUUUCCGCUUCUUUCCGUGGAGACAAAAAAUAUAAAUAUAAAAAAAAAAGUAAAGAAAAUGAUAAAAAUGAUACUUGCCUUACGAGGCGUGCAUAGAGUUGUUCAGAGUGCGCGCAAAUGUCGAAUAUUCUGUUUACCAAAAAAUUUCUUCAUUGCGGCAAGUAUAGGAGAAAAAAAAAUUCACGCGUUUCCCGCGAUUCCCAUGAUAUUCCGAGAGUAUUAAAAACACACAUACACACUAAUGAAACAUUUUGGCAUUAGAGACGUAUAAAAAUUGUACGAUAUUAUUGGUUAGUGCACUAGAGGGAUUUAUUUUAGAGACUAUCUAUAUACCGAGGUGAUACAAUUUAUAUUGAUAUAUGGCCCCUCCUAAGAAACGCUUGUUUUUACGAUUUAAUUUAUACAUGUAUACAGAAUUUAUAGGAACCAUAAGUUACGUUGUAUGUAUCGAUAAAAACAAACAAUAUAUAUGUAUAUAUAUGUAUGAAGCAAGCAUGUUAUUGCUCACGUGACAGUAACGAAGUUUGCAUUAAUAUGAUUAACCAGUAGGGCAAAAAGCAACAAAAAUCAAGAAAAAAAAAUUAUUGUUAUACUGUAUUGUCUAUUUGAGAUUAAUUGGAUUGUAAUGAGCGAUGAUUUUGAAAUCUACGUAAGGUGAACACCUUACGUAAAUAUUAUUGUUAUUUUAUCUUGCGACAAUGAAAUUUGUUCCAUGCCCCGGAGGUUUUACCGCACUGCUGGAACAAUUGCAACAAACGCUCGAGGACAAGAAUUUCGUCGGAUUACUGAAAUUAUAAACAAAAACGUUUCAUUCCGUUUUAGCACACUUCCGUCCGUUAAUCCUUUGCCUCGUCACUUUUAAAAGAUUCAUUCAAUUUCGUGUUCUUUUUUUCUCUUUCUUAUGAUGUAACGAUUGAGAGAAAAAUAUAAAAAAACGAAUAAAAACUAAGUUCUCUCGAUUCAAGGGCCAGGAACCCAAAUAAAAUCAUCGACUCAUUUGAGCAUAUUUGUGUUUAUAACUCUUCAGGGCUAAUAAAAGAAAACAAUGUGUGUAA